AUGACGUACGAGAUGACAUUUGGCACCACGCGAUUUCUCGACGACUCAUGCUGUUGCAAUCUUUUCUCGAUUAGGGCAGGAGUGAAACUGUGCUGGCUUUCUUCAACAAUCGUCGUCUUUCACUCAAUCUUCUCUUCAGCUGUUCUCCACUAUGUUCUCCCAGCUGUUCUCUUCAUUUUCACUAUUCCUUUCUAUUUUUCAUUCACAUUGGCAAUUUUUCGAAAACGAGGCGCUCCAUUGGUGGCAUUUUCAGCUUUCUUAAUUUUCUAUCUUCUUCUUGAUAUGGUGAUUGCUGUUUUGGAGGUUCUUCGAGCAUUUGAGAUCGUUGAAAAGUUGAAAUACUCGGAUCGAUCUACAGAAGAAAAACAAAUAUAUAUUCACGAAGUUCCCUCACAUGUCUAUAAUGUAGCACUAGCGUUGCUCUCAAUGGUGACGAUUGUUUGGAGUCAACUCACUUUCUGCCGUUACUUCAACUAUUUGCAAGCAGUAAAGCAUGAAAAUCACGAGAAAUUCGAAAUCGAAUCACAAAAAACUGAAUAUUCUUUUAUGGGAUCUGAAUUGGAUUCUUUAUUAAAA